AUGAUGGUGGACAUGAAACCGCCUUAUCAUCGUUUCAUCCAGAGACAAGGAGGAGGGAAUGAACAAGCAAACAGAGAGAAACCAGGUGACCCGGUUGGCAAGGCGUCAGGAGUGUGCAAGGUCAGCAGCAGCAGGUACAUUCCUGGAGCAUCUUCCUCUCCUCCCUCUCUGUCCUCAUCAUACUCCUACCUCUCUGCGCCCAGCUCCGACACGGGAGAGCUGCUCACUCAGUCGUUGGAGAAAUUCUUCUUCGUCUGCAUGAAGCUCUUCAAGAAGGAGUUCUUCAUCAACCUCCUCCAGUAUCUAGAAGGAUUUGCUGAAAGACUUCUGAUUAAGAGACCGGAACCAGGACUGGGUCAGACAUCAGGCAUGGUUCUGGUUCCAUCAACAGGUAUCUGGUUCCAGAAAACUUUAAGCACCUGGAACAUCUACAGUGACUUCCACCAUCUGGAAAGAGUUCUGAUCAUGGUAUUAAAAGCCUUCAGCAGCUCGACCCGGAGCCUCGAAGUAAAAUCUCAUCCCUUUGACAGCUUCCUGACGAGCCCUGCAGCUCCAUCCGUCACUCCGCUGCUCCUCCUGACACCUGAAGAAGAAAUUCACCAUAAAAAUAAGUCAAACCCAAAGGACCUUGUAUUGUCUCGAACCCGAAACACGUCCUCAUGUUUUCUUCAUGUUUUCUCUGCAGAGACCAAGCAGGAGUUGGAGGACCUCACAGCUGACAUCAAGAAGACAGCCAAUAAAGUUCGCUCAAAAUUAAAAGCAAUCGAGCAGAGCAUCGAGCAGGAGGAGGGUCUCAACAGAUCAUCAGCGGACCUCCGGAUCCGUAAGACACAGCACUCGACGCUCUCACGUAAAUUUGUGGAGGUGAUGACCGAGUACAACACCACGCAGUCCAAGUACCGCGACCGCUGCAAGGACCGCAUCCAGAGACAGCUGGAGAUCACUGGAAGAACCACCACCAACGAAGAGCUGGAGGACAUGUUGGAGAGCGGCAAACUGGCCAUCUUCACCGAUGAUAUCAAAAUGGACUCCCAGAUGACCAAACAAGCCCUGAACGAGAUCGAGACCCGACACACCGAGAUCAUCAAGCUGGAAAACAGCAUCCGUGAGCUCCAUGACAUGUUUGUGGACAUGGCCAUGCUGGUCGAGAGCCAGGGCGAAAUGAUUGACAGAAUUGAGUACAAUGUAGAACACUCCGUCGACUACGUUGAGCGAGCCGUCUCCGACACCAAGAAGGCCGUAAAAUACCAGAGUCAGGCUCGCAAGAAGAAGAUUAUGAUCAUUGUCUGCUGCGUCAUCCUUGGCGUGGUCCUGGCAUCGACCAUUGGCGGCACGCUGGGCUUCUAAGACGUUCCUCCACCUGCUGCCAUGAUGACUGAUGCCGACCGACUGACCGACAGCCAGCAGAGAAAAGAAACAGCAACGACAACACAAAAACUUGAAACGCAAAUGCAAGACCAACAACCAAUCAGCUAGGAAGAGAUAAUCCAACCACAGAUAAGAGGAAACACCACGGGUUCGGGCGGGGUACAAAAAGCAAAGAAGAAAACACAGUAACACCACAUUAUAGGUGAUUUAUCCAACGUAUACAAGAGAGGGAAAAAAUAAACCUAUUUAUGUAAAUGUAUUGAACAUAUGAAGAAACAUGUGGGUUAGCUACCUGUAAAAAAUGAUAACCAAUAAUAUUUACUUUGUUGUUUGUUUGGCUGUUUUCUUCUGUUUUAAAGUUUUUGGUUUGAUUUCUGAGUGUCUCUGAGGACAGUGACAGCUGCUGGGUGGGAGUUUUGUGGGUAAAAUCUGUCAUUCGGGUUCCUCACGUUCAAUUCAGGAAACAAGCACCUAAUAUAUUGAUGCAGAAAAACCAUUCCAGAUGGUUUUUCCGGAAGGAAAGAUUCUAGAACUUGGGGAGAUCCGUACAAUGUUCAUUUCUGAAGGGGCCUGGAAUGUUGUGCUUCACCGUCAGCUCAGCUGCCAAUUUAGUCCAUCUCUCACUGGCUGCUUUGUCCCGUCAUUCACCUCGGUGAGCCUGUUACCAUAGACUGAUUCGACCAAGAUAGGCACCUUGAGAUGUUUUCACAGCCAGCUGACUGGUUGGGGAAACAGUGUCGAUAAGGGGGAAGUCAGACUCCCCGCAUCAUUGCAUCGAUCCAACCAAAGAGCUGUGGAGGUAGGACCUCUGAUCGCCUUGCUUUUUCUGACUGGCCAGCAUAUGCGACACAGUGAUAAUUGGAGAGGUGAAUGGUGGGUAGGAUGUGGGGUAGGAGGCAUUAAAAGGGGUGGGUGGAGAUGGACAGUUAAUCUAUGCAGUUUAGAUAAAGGAAAGACGACUUGUUCCGCCAAUGAGAAUCUGGCCUCUAUGUUAAAAGCCUGAUCCAGGCAGGGGCAUCAUCCUCCAGCUCUUCAUCUGGAAAAUUGUACAAAAAAUAAAGGAAACACAUCCAGACCAAACAAACAAGCAAGUUAGCCGAGUGUGGCGAUGGUCUUGUGGCUGUUUGGUGUUUUGAUGGCGAGCGUUUGUUGCUUUUGCCAUGCUGCUGUUCUGGUGUGUGUGUGAUGUAUCCUGUGUUGUAUCUGCUUAACAUCGUGUUAACGUUGAGUUUGUGCGAUCUGAUGUGUCUCCGGUGUGUUUGUGUUGGAAAGCUGUGAUGUUUCAGUUGCCACACAUGAAGGCAUUCCUGUAGAUAAUGUGAAAGGAACAUCACACCUCUGUGCAUGCUGAGGCAAGAUGCACCACCCGACUCUUUUUAGCUUCCUGCCUAGAAGUCCUGAAAUAGGAGUAGGCAGCAUCUAACUAAACCAUGCCUGAUGUCCACUUCACAUUCUCUACUGGUGCAUUUUCUGUGGAUGGUGGUCAAACGUGACACACAUUCAUUCACAACAUAAACACGUCAUGUAUGUUUUACUUCUGAGGUAGACAGGCCCCAUGAAUGUUGUGUUGCUGCCAGUGUUAGGAUUAGUCUGAGCUGCUUUGCAUGUUGUAGAAUUAGCUUGUGUUUGUGUAGGUUGUGCAGAAGCUUACUGAAGAUUUAUUGUCUGUUUUCUAGUUACUUUUUCUAAAAACUCUGAAAGGCUUUUUUUUGACCUGCCCAGUUGGAAAGAUUUCUGAAAAUGUAACAAUUGGUUAGUGGAUAGUAGCAAAUUAGUAAGAAAAUUAUUUGUUUUAAUUAUUGAAUGCUAAUUUUGUUUGACCAUUGUUUAAUCCUUGAUAUUCUGCAAACUAUUUCUAGCUGCUCACAAGUUAUUUCUGUCUAAUCUGGAAGCUAAUUCUAGCUAUUCAUUGGCUAAUUCUAAUUGAAAUGAAAGAUACCUGUAAACAUAUUUAAUUUUACAUUAUUUAAGUGGGUUUUUCUUACUUUAAAAUAAAUUAUUUGAUUGUGUUAUUUUCAGCACUUAACUGUAAACCAAAUUAUGGAGAAAUUGGAUAAUUCUAGCUAAUCAUAGAAUCAUUUUAGCUAACGAAUAAUUCUUAUUAAUAUAGAGAACAAAUUGUAAUAUGAAAAAUAUUUUAGCACUUUUAAAUUACUUGAACUAAAAAUGUGUGGUUUUAAACUGAUUUUUAGACUUUGUUAGCAUUAGCAACCUACCAAUUACCCAAAGAAUGCAAAGUGGGAUGCUAACUAUAUGGAACUAGCUAGUUUUAGCUAACUAUUAUUUUGAACUCAACUCUGUUAACCAGGACAAAUUAACACGUGUUACAAUACUAGGAGUAUAAAUGAUGUACGCAUGUUUCGUUUUGUGGUUUAUUGAAUGCUAACUGUGUGUGUGUGUGUUUGUGUGUGUGUGUAGUGUCCCUGACUGGACAACAUGCUAAAACGACCGUACACAUGGUUCAAUUUACAGAAUAACGCAGUCUCAUGGCAGCUCAUGAAAAUCUUUAAUUGCAUAUGUUGUAAAAGUGACACAUUUGCCAGAUUAUUCAACUCUGGACCGUUUAAAGUAAAGAUCAAACUCUGAUAGAAACUGCAAUUAGCCUGGUGGAAUCUGAGGAGAGAAAGAAAAUAUCUAUUGAGGUGUUACAAUCAGUGUAAGAGUGGACUAAGUUUCUGCUUUGUUCAUAACCACAGAACCAACAGUUCUGACUUAACUUUUAACUAUUUAAUAUGUUGCCGUGUCUGAGGAAAACUGUUUGGUGAAGUGUUCAUGAUCUGCCAUGAUGCUGGGCGAGAACAAGUUAGAGGCUUUCAGGAGGAUUGCGCUCAGGCUCUGUGAUACGGAGGUUCACCUACUUCUGUUGAGGCCUACGCUGGAUGAAAAACCACCUUAAGGUCCCUCUUCACUCUCUGCCAGAGCAAUAAGUAUAGUUUCGAUUCUCAGAGUUGAGAAAGUAGUCAUUAUUUAGUGUAAAAUGUGUUUCUUCUUGAGAUGUAGAAUUUGGCAUUGUUAGCUUUAGAUGUCUGUGGUGCGCUUGAUGUUGUAGCUUUAGGUUUGUGGGGUUCAUUUAUUUUAUUCUUUAGCUUCAAUAAACCAAAACUAUUGUGUUUACCAAAGUGUCACCUCACAACUCCUCCCAGCAGCACAAUCCAACAAAUCUCUCUUCAAACAAGCCCUUUGUAGGUUUAGGAUGAUUGGACCAUUUUCUCAGCUGUUGUCUUUGGUUUCUGUUUGUAAUGGUUUCCAACAUUUAAAGAAGUGUACACUGAAGUGGAUUUAAUGACCUAGCAAAUCGAAAUGUCAUGGUCACUUCACACAUCAGAUUUUUAAAAAUGUUAGUCACAGCUGAGCUUUUCUUCAUUCAGCGCCAUGGGUCUUCUGGACAGCUGAUGGUCGCCUGGUGGCAUCAGAGUCGUCUGUGGUGAUUGAGGUGGCUGAACGUGAGCGGUGUAAGGAUGCCGCCAAAGCACCAGCCAGUUUGUUGACGUUGUUGUUUGUGUUUAUUUUGAGUAAAGUUCCUAAAAACACAUCAAACCAUGAAGACAUUAACAGAAGAAUUCGGUGAGGGUCAGUUCGUCCGGGUGUUCGGCCCUACCCAGUCCUCUUGUCUUGUGUUGAAGUCAUUUGGUUGUAUAAAAAGAUGGCGACGCGUGUUGGGAGUCUGACCUUCCCCGUUCAUCCUGCUGUGUGUAAUAAUUAUAAUGAUAACAAUAAAAAAGGCAUGCAAAAGCGUUGUGGAGUUUGCAUGAAGCUGUUUUUGUACCCUGCCCCAUUCUCCUUAUCGUGCACUUUACCACUCAUCGGACCUGUUUGAUUAGCACGUUAGCUACUAGCUACAAACAAUUGCUUGUUACUAAUUAAUCUGUGUUCCAGUAUUUCUGUUUAACACGUUUUGUUGGAACAUAAUUUGAGUGUUUUGCUUAAAUGUGAAAAACUAAACUCCCGUCAGCUUCAAUCAUUCAGGUUCGUUUAAACUUCUGGCUGGAUUUCACCCCACCUUUAUCUGCCGGGCUUGUUUACGUCACCCUUUGUUUGCUGAGAAAUUGCCUGUAGGAUAACCUCCGGUUGCACCUCCACCCAUCAUUGUGCGUGUGCAGCAAGUUUUCUCUCAUCUUCGGUGAAGACGGUACGUUUGUGAGUGUAUGUAUGUGUUGGCAGCAUGGGUUUGUUUAGACAUGCGAAGCAUCAGAUUGCAGUCCGCUGGGUUGCAGCUGGUUUCACAAAUUGUUAACAAAUUGUAACUAAGAGGUUCAGAACCAUUAAUGUACGCAACGUUCACUGUUUGCUUAAUUCAAACCAAAGCCUUUUCCCUCCCACUCGUGUUAUCAAAAUGUCCGCCUCUAAAAUCAAAGAGCACAAAGCAAGUCAAGUUUACACAGAUACAAGGAUUUAGAAAAAGCAAAUAUAAAAAUAAAAAGCCUGCCCUGAUUCCCUACCGCCAUGACCACCACCAGCCCUCAUCGCAUGUUUGUCUUUCCUUCAAUCAGAUGAUCCAACCUGUCCAAACAAUGUCUGCCUCCAGUUUCAUUUCUCCUGUAGAUGCUAGUUUGUGGUCUGAUUAGUGGAAAAAUAUGGCACAUAAUCAUAACCGGAGACAACGGUGGUGCUUUCUUCUUCUAUUUAAUAACUGCUCUUAUUCUUGUUGUUUUGGUGUCAUUUUAUUUUAUUUUUUCUGUACAGCUUGUUUAUCAGUCAUCUUCACACUUCUGGAUCAAUGCACAGCUGCAGGUUGGAGAUUCUUCUGAGGGAAAUGUUUCCCCAUCAGGCAAAAGCAGAAUUAUUUUAAAUUAUACUGAUUAUUAAUGUUAUAUAUUUAUCCAUACAUUCAUAGGAAGAAACACAGAAAUUACAUUUAAAGUGCAGCUUUAUUCCAGAAUGUUUAACAAAAAGGCCAGUUUUCUGUUGCUUUAAGGCUGAAAACCUUAAAGCUGCACCAGUUUUAAACCAAGGUCCCUUCCCUUUACCCCAUGUUCCAGAAUGUGCUGCCAUGCUGGAACUCCAAACCAUUAGCACUGGAAAACAUUCAGAGGUUGUAAAAUUACAAACUGUUUCUGAACCAGAACAGAACCUGAACAGGAACGGGCCUUGGAUUGCUAGAUGUUCCUGGAAAACGUUCCUGUCUCUGCUUAAUGUGAAAUGACUGCUGUGCGUAAACGUGGAUUCAUAAAACUGAAGCUGUGUUCAUAUAUGAGCUUUGGUCUCAACAUGUUGUAGAUAAUCAGGUGGAGCUGCAUGUGUGAAUGCAGAGGUUUCCUUCAACAAGGUUUACAGAGUAAAACUCAGAACGACUCAAAUAGAAAAGUCUGAAACAAAAAUAAAAACAUUUGGAUGUUCCAGCUUCCACAAACCUACAGCGAGCGUUGUCCAGGGUGUGACGAAUGACUGCAGCCUCAACCAAUAUAUAAACCACAAUAUAUCAAUAUAUUUAUGUAAAUCUUACACCAACCUGCUGCGUUUGUAUGACUGUAUGUACAUGGCCAAGUGUCAUUACUGCUUCUGUGGGCUGUGUGCAGUUUUCGUCAGAGCAGGACACAAACAAGCAGGAACCAAAUCAUUCUGACAGGGUUUGGGUUCGGCGCCAAGGCUCCAAAGAUCAACUCUCUGUUAGCGAAGUAAUCCGACGUGUUUCUUCACACAUGAUACAAACGUCAUUGUCCUUUCACUUUGUGUAAACACGGGUUUGUCAAAGUUUUCCUCUCUUUGUCAGACCAAGUCCUUCUCUGUGAUGAUUUUUGUCUUCAAGAAACAGUUUUCAGAAACCGGACCUGCUGCGUGUCCUGCUCUGAUAACAUGAAAAUGUUUAUUCUGUGUUGCAGCAACAGCUGGGACUUGUUCUGAACAAUGUGAUUUUUUUUUUUUUGCUUGAUCCAAACAUCUCUUCAUCAAAUGAGACAGUAUUUGGUUCAUCAGUGUUUAUUUUCUCUGAGUGGGAGGAGUUAGGGGAGGGGUCACAUAGAUAGACCACACUGACACAGUCCCCGCCAUAUUAAGAAAUACACUUAAAUAACAUUAUUAUUAUUAUUGUUGUUGUUAUUAUACUUCUAACCAUAAAAGGCAAAUAAAAUGCAGUAAAACAUUUGCAAAACCCAGAAGGAGUGAACGGCUUCACACAAAGUGAUCAAACAAACAGAAAAACGUUUAAAAAGGGAGGUUACCACGAUUCCAUGAUUGCAAUGAUUUAAAGAAGUACAAAAGGAGUUAUGUUAUCAUAAAUAAUAGUAGUAAUAUUGAAUAUUGAAUGCUCGCAAUUUUGUCAAACUGAAACUGGAAUCUUUGUGUUCUGUAAUUAUUGUAAAUAACUUCAAAGAGAGAAAAAAUGACUUGCAUGUCUAUGUAUAAAUCUACUGAGAUAUUUAUUCCUGUCAAAGUUGACAAGCACUUCGAUGUCUGUCCUUUUUUCGCUGCUUUUAUUUCCCGGACGUUGCAUGUCCUCAGCCCUGCCCCUUCCGGUCUCUGCCCCUGUGGACGGGAGACGGCAGCAGAGAGACUGAUUUGCGUAGCUUCCUUUGUCGUCGUUCUCCGCCGCGCUCAGUUCAGAAGCUGUGUUCACAUUGCGCUGCAGAGUCGGUCCUUUUGCCAUUCUGGUCAUCCCAGAGUUUCAUAGUGUGAACACAGCCACACUUCUGUCCAUAACCCCAAAUCCAGAGGCUCCACUCACUGGUUUCUCUGAUGAAAGUGCUUCCCUCCAUAUUAGGAAACUUAACCCCGCCUCCAGGGCUUUAGAAGCCACGCCCCUGGUCACUCUGAAAGAUCUCUACGUCAUCACAGUCUCUCUGUUUUAUGUCGUCUCUCUGCCAUAUUAUGCCAGAAAACCGACCUCAGUAAAACUUUUCCUGCCCGUUUCCCAUCAGGAUUUAGCCUGCACCAAGUCUGACUCUCAGGCCGACCAGUUCAUAGCCAUAUCCAAACACAAGUGCCCAGAUAGUCCGAAAUAGCACUAGAUGUGAUUAUCAGUGACAAGGGCCGGUGGUGGUGAUACCCAUUAAAGGAAAAGCACACGUCCAUCUGCUGAAAAGAUCCCAAGGGAUCCACAGGAUGGAGAUUCUUGCUGAUCUUCUUUCUGGUCUUCAUGGUUUCACUAACCAAGCCGUCUCUGAUAUUAGAGCUCCCCCUUCUUAGUAGACAUAAACUAGAUUUGACCCCAGAGUUUCAGUCCUCCAGACAUACCUCGAAACGCCACCACAGUCUUCCUGCUACACAACUUUUCCACAGUUUUACCCCCAGUUGAGUUCCUGGAGGAGAUCGUGGCUUGGGUUUCUCGAAGACAUCAAACGUUGUGCAGAAGCAGGAUCUGAAAGCUAUCCAAGUUCCCAGAGAACCAGCUGUAGUUUUUUGUGGUCAGGAGGUUUGACAGCUUCGAGGAUUGUGGUCCUGCCAGAGUCGCCACCUAAUUCCAGGCCCGGUCUCCAGCCUCACAGAGGCCUUUCGUAACAAAGCGUGCAAUAUUCAGAGAAACAAGGGCUGUCUUUAUCAUGCAGAGGCGACCAGGCUGGCCAACCAUCUCACGCUCUCCUGCAGGAACUCCCUUUACUGAACCGCACCUUUGAGAUGCCAUGAUCUUGGGAGAACCUACAGCCCUGUUUUUUUAGGCAGAUGCAUAUGGCUGUGGUGGGGCAGGCGGCAGAAAAGAGACGGCGACGCAAGGUCAAAAAAAUUUUCUGCACUGUAAAAAAAGCAGAUGAAGCAGAAAGAGGACAGCGACGUCGCUCUUUGCACGCAACUUUGACCGGAAAUGCAACUUGUGUCCCGUUUUUUUUGUGUGUGUGUAUGUGUGCGUAGCGUAAUGUAAAGCAAUCUGUCCCCCUCACCCCUCUCCUUCCUCUCUCCUCCCCCUCUCUCUCGUACUGCUGUUGGCUGUUCUGUUUAGUUCAUGUGACGUGCCAGUAUUCCCCUCCCCCCUUCUUUACUUCCCACCCCUCCCAUACCGACUCCCUCGCCUCUCCGCCCUUUGACCCCCCCCCCCCAGCCUCGACCUUCCUCUCUUCAUGGAUCUUUAAGAUGACAACUCUAUGCAGAUGCUGUCUUUUAUAAGUGUGUCAAAAUUUUAAUUUAAAAUAAAAACUUAAAAAACAAACCCCGACAGACAUAUUGAAACGAAACAAAAAAAUAAUAAAGAAAAGGAUUGUUCAGUGUA